ACAAGAGGAUACAGCGAGCCCCGGCGAUGCGUGCGCGCUUCAUUACGCACAGGCUCCUUUACUGAGGCUUUCGGCAGCGUUAGCACCGAGCGCGUCGCGCUGCUCCACUGGCUCGGAUAAAGAGUUUUAACCGCGGAGGAAAUGGACAGGUUGUGUCGUCGCUUGAAAAACUGCAUCGACCCGGACUGUCCCGCUAGCUGUCGAGCCGCGUCGCAUCGCUUCGAGCGACCACUCGCCAGCACACUUAACACGGCUGCUUCCAGAGCCGAAAGCUGGGCUCUGUUUGCAUCGCAUAGAACUGUAUUUAUUCAUUUAUUUGUAUUCAGUUCACGUUUUGGUUACUUGCAUACACACGACUUUUUAAGUUUAAGUUUGUAUUUUUCCCUAACUCUGCACAGGCGUUGUACGCAAAUCUCGAACAAGUAAAUGCGUGCCAAAUUAUGCCAAAUAAUCUGAUAUCCGCGUGUUAACCUCAUCGAAGAAUGGGGUAACCCUCCCCUCCCCUGUGCAGAAACUCAGAGUCGCCGCUAGAGGGCACAGUGAGCGGCGUGUGCGCAGCAGAAGCGCGGCGGGCAUUUAAAAGCGCGCUGGGGCCCCGGGAGGAGCCGGGACAGCAGCGACGGGUUCAAAAUGAAAGCUGCGCUUUUUAUGCACCGUUUCCUCCCGGUUGAGACGAACUCCUUUCUGGCGAAGACGAGGCGCCGCUACCGCCGCUACAGUCGUAGCAAAAUACACGAGCAUUGCGUAAACAAAUCUCGCCCUGGAGAAGGCGCGUUAUCUCAAUAGCACUGCAGUACAACAGGAAAAGGCGUGUGCUCAGUUCACAUACAAUGCAUUGUAAUCAAUAACCCUGAAGACAAUAAAACCUGUUUUUUGUAGAUGUUGAAAUUUGCCCCCGCAGCACAGUAAGCGCGUUGCAGCAAGAGGCGCGGGGCGUUAGAGUGGUCAAGUAGGGCACCUGACGUCACUUCUAAUAGGGAUUGCGUAAUUCGGAGCUCAUUGCAAUGUGAUUGAAGUUGCGUCAUAUAACUGAGCGAUUCUGGCUGAACUGCGCAUUUAUUCGAUCAUCAGUCUUGCGUUUUCCACCACGUUGGGUGACCCCCGUUAUUUGCUUGAAACAAAUCAAACAAGUUAGCUGGCAUGCUUCUGUUUGCACCUGUGGUUUGAUUGCUUGCGAUUCCCGCGUGGUGGAGCAUCGAUCUGGUUACUGAGGAGCCAGCUUAAGCGCAAACACCCCCGCUCUGUAGAGCCGAGCGCUAGGUGUGAUCCAAACGGAGGCAGAACAGUGUGUGGAGGCAGCGGUGAAGGGGAUGUUUCUGCAGGGUCUGGAGGUUUUAUGGACUCGGUCGGACCUUGCCCUGCUGGGAAACGAAUGAAUCCUCAGAGCCCAGGACCGCUGCGUGUGCGUUUGUGAGAGUCUGUGUAAUCAAGGACUGGAGCAAAGUGACUGGGAGAAUCUCUACGUGUUUUUCUGUGCACUUUUAUUCCAAGAAACGGUCAGAUCCUGUGCUUGUGGAGUGGUGGAAGCAUCUCUGACGAGUCGCUUUGCAGAGACGUGAUGCUUCUCCACACACCUGGAAGGCUGGCCCCGCUGUGCAUGCUGGGAAACCGCGCCCCUCUCCUCCUGCUGCUCCUCCAGCUCGGCCCCUGCUGGGGUCAGCUGGACCAGAACCACUCGGGCGAUCAGGGCACCAGAACCUGGGACUUGUCAACAACAGUGGCUCGGGGGGUCCGGAGAUCCAGCACGGAGAGGACCAGGGGGGUCCCGAGUCCUGUGGAAGAGGCGAUUGAAGAGCAGGGCUAUUACCUGCGCAGGCUGUUCCUGCAGUACGGGGACAACGAGACCCUGUCGUUCAGGGGGCUGCAGCGUCUGUUGGGGAGCCUGGGUCUGGGGGAGGUCAGCGUGCUGGAGAUCAGCCACGAGGGGCGGGGCCACGACCACGUCUUGCAUCUGGACAUGCUGGAGGUGCAGGAGAACAAGCACACGCACUCCCACACCGCGCACGAGCACGAUGGGACCCCCUCACAGGGCACCGAGCGCAUGGACCCCCCUGGAGAACCCCCCCUGCAAGACACAGCUUCCUCCCAGCCUCCAGAGACACCCAGGAUGAAGCCCGGCCAGAGUCCGGACCCGGUCAGAGUGUGGAGGCGGGAGGGCAGCGCAGCGGUGCACCCUGGGAUACCAGGGGACCAGUGGAGGAGUGGCACAGGCGGGUUCGAGAACUGGUUUCUGUCAGAUCACCCUGCGGAGGACCACCUGCACGGAAACUGUCUGAACAUGUCCCAGCUCCUGGUGAACUUUGGCCUGGAUGAGGCCGAGGCCAUCACCCCCGCGCUGUUCACCUACCUGUGCCCCGCCCUGCUGUACCAGAUCGACAGCCGCGUCUGCAUCCACCACCGCGACGAGCUGGACGUGAGGGCGCUGGAGAAACGGGCGUCCUUCCUGUGGGCGCUGCUCUGGAGCUCGGUAGCUCUCACGGUGAUCAGCAUGCCCUCUCUCCUCGCGCUCUCCCUCGUCCCGCUCCUCACCAGCUCCAUCUUCCGCUCCCUGCUGUCCUUCCUGGUGGCGCUGGCAGUGGGGACGCUGUGCGGGGACGCCCUGCUGCACCUCCUCCCUCACGCACAGCAGGGCUCUCAGGAGGAGGGGCAGGCUGGCUCCGGGGUCGAGGACUCUGUGCUGAAGGGGCUGUGUGUUCUGGGGGGAAUCUACCUGCUGUUUACCAUCGAGAGCACGAUGGGACUGCGGCAACACAAGGGGAGGGGGGAGCGCAGCAGACAGGCCAGCGAGCAGGAGCCUGCACACUCCCACCAGCAGGGGGAGCUGGACCUGAAGCUGCUUGAGCGCAGAGGGCAGCAAGCAGACGCUGAUUUGCUCAGCGGCGCUCCCCUGGACCAGGAGGGCAGGUCGGCAGGGAGGACCCUGCGGAGAGAGGGCAGCCAGGGGAGCAGAACGGCAGAGACCACUCCCCACUCCCACUCCCACUCCCACAGUGUGCAGGGGCUGAAGGAAGCAGGCAUUGGCAGCCUGGCCUGGAUGGUUAUCAUGGGGGACGGCCUGCACAACUUCACCGACGGGCUGGCCAUAGGAGCGGCUUUCUCUCAAGGUGUAGUUGGAGGCCUCAGCACCAGCGUGGCAGUGUUCUGCCACGAGCUCCCCCACGAACUUGGAGACUUUGCGGUGCUGCUGCAGGCUGGCAUGCCCCUGAGAAGGGUGCUGCUGGUCAGCCUGCUCUCCGCUGUGCUGGGGUUCCUGGGGAUGCUAGUGGGCGUGGGGCUCAGCCAGCAGUCCCACGAGGUCACUCCCUGGAUCUUCGCGCUGACCGCUGGCAUGUUCCUCUACGUGGCACUCGUGGACAUGCUUCCGGAGAUGCUCCGUGGAGAAUCUUCCUCUCAGGGUAAACCAAAGCGCCUCCUGCUGCAGCACCUCGGGUUGCUGCUAGGGGGCGCUGUCAUGCUGUGCAUUGCAGUGUUUGAGGAUAAGAUCUUCAUCAACGUGGACUUCUAGCCCCGGAGAGCAGUGUGGAUCAGUGGACACGGCGGCCGUCUGCCUGGGACUCGGAGACGCUCGGCCUUGUUUUUGCACUUUCUUUCACAGGUGAUUUGUCAGGUGUCAGAUUGUGCACGCCUUUACCCUCGACCCCGAAGGGGGUUAGGAUCCGAGUAUUGCUGCUGUCAUCUGGGUUUCUCUCAAGACUCUGUGCAGGGUCUUUACUGUGAAUUAGUACUUUUAUGUCGUUUUAAAAGAAAAACAUAGUGAUAACAUUUAAUUUUUUUUUUAAAUCUAUAUUAAAUGUCAGCUGUUGAUUGUACAGGACUAUACAAUUCUGGGAGAGGGGAGGGGCAGACAUAGUUAAUCCAAACCAAUACUUUAAGUGGGACGGUUGGAAAUUAGGUGGACACAGACUUGGGACAGCGAGGAGGAGACCUGUCUUCACAGGGCAGCCUGGUCCUGUCGUUUGGGCAGAAUCACUUGGGAGCCUUCUAGACCCGGCACAGCUCCGAGAUCUAUCGGCAGCUCUGAACCCAGUUCAGGACGGUCUGAACUGCCUCGCUCCUCCAUGGAAUCGUGUUCUUGUCCGGUAGAAGAAAAAUAACUAAAAGUUACAGAAACCAACAAAACCGUUGCAAACAACCCUGUGAAGAAUGAUAAUAAUGAUAAUGAUAAUGAUAAUAAUAAUACUAAUAAUGAUGAUGUUUUGUAUGCAAACACAGGAGCCUGUCGUGCAGAGAAGCGUUUUGCAGAAAUAAAUACACUGUGAUGAUCAGACUGCGAGUCGGUUGCUUGUUGUGACCCCCCCUGGUCAGUGGUGCCGAGCUUUGGGUGGGGGGUUGAAAAUCCUGACACGGAAAGAAACCCGUUCUGAACCCUGGGGGUAGAAGCAAUAGCACUUUAUUUAAACAUUAACAAUUCCAAAGCCACAACAUUCAAUUACAAGACGUGUGUCGGCUGCAGCAUACAUCGUACAAAAUAUAAUCAAGUUUGAACGCCUUUCUCUCUUUUUUUGUGUAAGUCUCACAGACAGUAGAAGCAGAUUAUUUCUCUUUUAUUAUGAAUUCUUUUCAGGUUUUAAAUACAUGUAUGUAACAUCCUUUUUUUUUUUUUUGUAACAAAUAACCGUUGAUGAGCUCACACAAUGAAAGAUCAAGGCAAAGUGCUUUCAGAAUUGCAUUCUCACGCACAUCAUGAAUGGCUUGUGGGAAAGAGACACUUUACUCAGGGAUCCCAGCUUCAAGGAGGACAAUGGAAGCGUUAUCUAAGCAGGGAUUUCUUUGUGUUAUAUGUACACAUAUAUAUAUAUAUAUAUGUAUAUGUAAGGCUGGAUAGAUUGAUAAACAGUCACCCGUCUCCCACAGGGCAGCGAUACUCCAUUCUAAACUCCAGUGCCCAGGUUUUGUUUUAAACAGCAUGUUCUCCUGUGUUGGGUCAGAUGUGCACAUGACCACACCUCUGUCUUCCACACCCCUCACCGUGAGCACGCCUCCUCUAUAAACAGCCCCUUCACAGCGCGCUCUCCAUUACAGCUUUACACAGGAGCAGCGCUGGCCAGAGGGACCCUUCACACGUGGGGCUACUAUCACAGGAACCGGAUUAGCGCUCCGGCCAGCUCCCGUUACCCCAGGUAAGGAAGGCCAAGGGCUCUGUGAAAAGCAGCCUGCAGCCGUGUGGAAGAGUUUCAGACCAGACCAGGGGGGGGAUCAC